GUCACACUCAGUAGGAGUGUAAUGUGUGUGUGUGUGUGUGUGUGCAGUUCUUUAAGUAUGUGUUUCCUGAUGGUGUGGACACAGUGAUCGUGAAGGUGAACUCACAGAAGAACUUCCCCUGCUCAGUCAUGUCAAUACAGGACAUCCAGUGUCCGGUUUAUGAUCUGGAUAAUAAUGUGGCGUUUAUUGGAAUGUAUCAGACGAUGACCACCACAGCUGCCAUCACAGUGCAGAGGAAGGAUUUCCCCAGUAACAGUUUCUAUGUGGUGGUGGUGGUGAAGACUGAAGACGAGGCGUGCGGAGGACCACUGCGAUUCUACCCACUCUUACCCGAUGAGCUGCUAGAUGCUGGGAAUCGCAGUAAAACUCUGGAUGUGAUUGUUUCUCCUGCCAUUAACUCGGAGGUGUAUGUGAUGGGGAUGCUCUUCUGUCUGGGGAUCUUCCUGUCCUUCUAUCUGCUCACGUUCCUGGUGGCGUGUGUGGAGAGUAAGAGGAUGAACAGGAAGAGGGAGGGGCUUCUGAACGCUGACGCCUCACCUGCAGAGACAGCAUCUCUCUUGGGAAAGGCUUCAGUGUCUCCGUAUGAAUACGGUUCAUUUGCUGAUAACGGCAGCACACUGAGCUCUGAAGCUGUUACUGACAGUUUAGCGUCGACCGAUGGGAACUACGGAUGCAUGGAUCGUUCUUUAGAGAGUGUAGCCCGCAGUCGGCAGGAGUCUCUGAGUUCAGUGGAAGAGGACGAUUACGACACGCUGGUCGACAUCGACUCGGACAAAAACAUCGUCCGUACGAAGAAGUUCCUGUGCGUCUCGGAUCUCUCUCGUAAAGACAAACGCAUCCUCAGCAAGAAAUACCAGAUCUACUUCUGGAACAUCGUUACGAUCGCCGUGUUUUACGCUCUUCCUGUCAUUCAGCUGGUCAUCACCUAUCAGACGGUUGUAAAUGUCACUGGAAACCAAGACAUCUGCUAUUAUAACUUCCUGUGUGCACACCCUCUUGGAGCUCUAAGCUCCUUCAAUAACAUCCUGAGUAACCUGGGCUAUGUGCUGCUGGGACUGCUGUUCCUGCUCAUCAUCCUGCAGAGGGACAUCCUUCACAAACGAGCGCUCGAGCGUAACGACAGCACAGCGCUGGAGUGUGGCAUCCCCAAACACUUCGGCCUGUAUUACGCCAUGGGCACGGCUCUGAUGAUGGAGGGGCUGCUCAGCGCCUGCUACCACGUCUGUCCCAACUACACCAACUUCCAGUUCGACACGUCGUUCAUGUACAUGAUUGCUGGACUGUGUAUGUUGAAGCUGUAUCAGAAGAGACACCCGGACAUCAACGCCAGUGCGUACUCCGCUUACGCUUGUCUGGCUGCCGUCAUAUUCUUCUCUGUGCUGGGGGUGGUGUUUGGUAAGGGUAACACCGUGUUCUGGAUCGUUUUCUCUGUCAUACACAUCCUGGCCACAAUGCUGCUGAGCACACAGCUCUACUACAUGGGCCGCUGGAGACUCAACUCGGGGAUCUUGCGCAGGAUGUUGUAUGUGAUCUACACAGACUGUAUUCAGCAGUGCAGUGGACCCAUGUACAUCGAUCGGAUGGUUCUGCUGGUGAUGGGAAACCUUGUGAACUGGUCUCUGGCGGCGUACGGACUCAUCAAACGACCCAAUGACUUCGCCUCGUACCUGCUGGCCAUCGCCAUCUGUAACCUGCUGCUCUACUUCACCUUCUACAUCAUAAUGAAGCUGCGCAGCGGAGAGAGGAUCCAGUGUCUGGCUCUGGUGUGUGUUCUCUUCACCGCUGUGGUCUGGGGUUUCGCUCUCUUCUUCUUCUUACAGGGGCUCAGCACAUGGCAGAAAACUCCAGCGGAGUCUCGUGAGCACAACCGUGAGUGUAUCCUGCUCUCCUUCUUUGACGAUCACGACAUCUGGCACUUCCUGUCCUCCAUCGCUAUGUUCGGAUCCUUCCUGGUCCUGCUCACGAUGGACGACGACCUCGACACGGUUCAACGAGACAAAAUCUACGUCUUCUGAUGGACCGAUACUAGCCAAUCACAGAGCAGCACUGGGGGGUGUCGGCCAAUGAGAGGCCUUGCUACCUGAAUAUGUUUACCUGCCAGUCAGUGGCGGUGUGGGAGGAGCCUCAUACAGGAGCUAAUGCUGAUAGGACAGUGAAUGUGCCAGUCAAACUGCCAUAGCUCCGCCCAUGUUCAUCGCUUCAGACCUGCUCUGCACAUCUCAAUGCAUUUCUGUACUGUUCUCUGCGUCUGUGUGCGUCUGUGGCCUUCUGUGAUCCGAGCCCAGCUUCACUCAUAUAAAGAUGAUUCUGAUCUGAGAAAAUCAACUUUUCACCGUCUCAAAUACAGAGUGGGUUUUACAGAGUACAAAUGGAAUGAUUACCGAAUAAAGACUUUUUACGGUUGUUUUCGGUCGUGUAAACCUUGUGCUUUAUGAUUACCAUGGACAGGAAACUUGACAUUAAUGGACAACUGAUUUAUGUUUACAUGCACCAAAACAAUCUGAUUGAGAGGGUGCUGUAGACCUGAGACAACAACAUCAACACACAAAAACUGCAUCUAAAUGCUUGAAUCAGACGACUCUUUCAAUUAGUUUCAAAAAUACAGCAGUCAUGAUGCAUGUUUGCAUCCA